GGGGGCGGAGCCUUAGACCAAUGUAGAAGCAGAAGAAGAAGAAUACAUGUCUUCUGAAAGCGCAAGCAGUGUCUCUCUGUCUUCAGAGCCCUUGGAAAAACUGGUGGUGGUGAUCACAGGUGGCAGUGGAGCGCUGGGCUCUCAAAUAGCGAGGAUUAUUCAUGAGAAAUGGGAAGAUGUGACUGAAAUCAGGCUGUUUGACACAGUACCUCCUAACCAGCCUCUCAUUACUUCCAUCACUGGCUAUGCAACUCCCCCAUCAAAGCCCAAGGUCUCCUACUAUCAUGGAAGUGUCCUCGAUCCAAAUUUGAUAGCUACGGCUUUUGUACAGGCUGAUAUUGUGAUCCACUGUGCGGCAAUAGUUGAGCAAGGAAGUGUAAUGGCAAGAGGUCGAAUGAGAGAGGUGAACAUCGAUGGAACUCAAAACGUUAUCCAAUCUUGUAUCGACUGUGGUGUGAGAGCGCUUGUAUACACAGGGAGCAUAGCUCAAGCGCUAACAGUUCAGAAAAACUCGCUACCUCAGAGACUAGACGAAAAAGUGUCUAAGCUCACUUCCUACGAUGAUUUAGUGUUUCCACAUUAUGGUGGCUCUAAGAACGAAGCUGAAAAUCUGGUAUUAUUGGCUAAUGGACGCGAAGGAAAGAAAACAAUUCGACUGGCUACUUGUUCACUGCGAUGUCCCCCGAUGUUUGGAGAGGGGGAUAAGAGUUUGGUAAUUACACCUCUUAGGAUUGCGAAACAGUGUAAGGGCUAUUAUGUGCCUAUAGGAAUGAGUAUCGGUUGUGGAAUCACCAUGCAAUCUUUGUAUAUUGGUAAUGGUGCCUGGGCCCAUGUUGUCGCUGCAAGGAAGUUGCUUGAUGAUGGAGGCGAUUCUACUAUCGGAGGUGAAGUGUUUUACAUCGGAGACCACGGUCCUGUCUGCUCAUCUGCUAAUUUUCACAAGCAGUUUCUACAUCCUCUUGGUUUCAAGGUGGUCCCAAUCGGCAUUCCCUUAUUUAUUCUGAUGCUAUUGGCGUAUGUGUUAGACUUUGUUUGUCUGUUGCUCGCUCUUGUGAGGAUUGAUGUGUCCUGUUUAUUAAAUCGGAGUUCUAUGCGAUUCUUCAAAGUCAGUCACUCAUUUUCGUGGGAGAAGGCUCGUCAAGAGUUGGGUUAUGAACCUUUGUACUCUCAUCAAGAUGCUCUAGCUAGGUCAAUGGAACACUAUAGAAAUGUCAUUUGAGUGCAUGCAUUUGCUCUUAAUGUUAUGUAAUUAUUUUGUCUUGUUAUUCAUGAUGUGGUAGAUCUAUUGUUCUGAUGUUUAGAA